CCCAGGACUCUGGGAUCAUGACCUGACCUGAAGGCAGAUGCUUAACCGACUAAGCCACCCAGGUGCCCCAGAAAUAUAACUUUUAUAUGCACUGGUUUCCCCAUGCACUGUAUUGUAUCUAUUAAGUAUUCAUUUGCAUUAUAUCUAAAAAAAGUACAUAACUUUUUUUUAUAAAUGUACAUACCUUAAUUUAAAAAAUUUGCUAAAAAAUGCUAACCAUCAUCUGAGCUUUCAGUGAGUUGUAAUCUGAUCAUACAUCACCAUAACAAAUAUAAUAAUGAUGAAAAAGUUUGAAAUACUGUGAGAAUUACCCAAGUGCAACUCAGAGACACAAAAUGAGCAAAUGCAGUUGGAAAAAAUGGUGCUGUUAGACUUAAUCAGUGCAGGUUUACCAACCUUCAAUUUGUAAAAAACGUAGUAUCUUUGAAGUGCAGUAAGGUAAGGUAUGCCUGUAUGUGUCCUGUUCAAUUUAUUUAUGUAUUUAAUGUUUUUUUUUUCCAUCUCCCACCUCCAGAAUUUAAGUUCCUCCAGGCCAGUGAUCCUUCUUGUCCGCUAAUGUAGGUCAACCACCCAGAACUGUGCCUGGCAUACAGAAGGCUUUCAGUAACUAUUUAUUGAGUGAUUGACUUUAUUUCAAGUCCUUCUUCAUCUAGGCCUUUCUCCCCACGAAAAAAUGAGAAAAAAAUGUGCUUAGUGACAGAGGUGGGGUGAGGCCUGGGUCUGUAGAAUCGGAGCUAACACUCUGGACAGAUCCCCAACCUGAGGCUUGCUGCUUCUUUCAGACAACAGCGUUUAGAAAUCCCACCCUCUGGGCGGGCUCUGGGCCGAGCACGCCAUUUCUGAUUGGUUGAUGGAGGUGAUGGGCGUGAGGGACAGCGAAGGAGGAGCCGCUCUCUAGGCUUCCGGGCGCCGAGGUUACCCGGCUGUGGGAACUGUUGGCGUGCUGGUUGCCGGUGUAGUCACAGGCGCCCGAGAGGAGGACGAGGAGGGUGUAGGCAUGAACAUGGCAGAAGGGGACACCCUGAUAUCAGUGGAUUAUGAAAUUUUUGGGAAGGUCCAAGGGGUGUUUUUCCGCAAGUACACUCAGGCUGAGGGUAAAAAGCUGGGAUUGGUUGGCUGGGUCCAGAACACUGACCAGGGCACAGUGCAAGGACAGUUGCAAGGUCCCAUCUCCCAAGUGCGUCAUAUGCAGGAAUGGCUUGAGACAAGAGGAAGUCCCAAAUCACACAUUGACAGAGCAAACUUCAGGAAUGAGAAAGUCAUCGUAAAGUUGGAUUACUCAGAUUUCCAGAUUGUGAAAUAAUGACCUGAAUUUAAAUUUUCUAAGAUAAACUCACUGGUUUUGUUUUUAUUGUUAAUAUAGAACAGUCUGUGUUCACUAUUAGAAUUGGUCAGUAAGUUAUGUUAGUAUCAGAUGUUUGAAUAUUACUGUAUAUUAUAUGUAUGAUAGAAAGAUGACAAACUCUACACAAUUCUAAAUAAAUAAAAAUACAUUAGAACCUUC